CCGGCCCCUUUGCUUGAUGCCAGAACGCCAGCGAUCACAUUUCCAGCCUCUUAAUCAUAAAUCUGUUAAACAAUUCGUUUAUAAAAUGUCUGCGGAGUUUGAACUUUGUCCUGGAAGAAAAAUCGGGGACUCCAACCCCUGUUUUAUCAUCGCUGAGAUUGGACAGAACCAUCAGGGAGACUUAGAAAUCGCCAAACGAAUGAUCCGAAUGGCCAAGGACUGUGGAGCUGAUUGUGCCAAGUUUCAAAAGAGCGAGAUCGAACACAGAUUCACCAAGCCCGCUCUGGAGCGUGCCUAUACGUCCCCUCACGCCUGGGGUCCGACCUACGGGGCCCAUAAACACCAUCUGGAGUUCAGUCACCAGCAGUACAAAGAGCUGCAACAGUUCGCCAAUGAAGUUGGCAUCUUCUUUACUGCAUCAGGAAUGGAUGAGAUGGCUGUAGAAUUUCUUCAUGAAAUCAAUGUGCCGUUUUUUAAAGUUGCCUCAGCUGACACCAACAAUAUCCCUUACCUGGAGAAAACCGCCAAAAAAGGUCGUCCCAUGGUGAUUUCUAGUGGAAUGCAGUCUAUGGAGACCAUGCGCUGUGUUUACCAAACCGUCAAGCAGCACAAUCCCAAUUUCACAUUCCUGCAGUGUACCAGCGCUUACCCGCUGCCAUUAGAGCACGUCAACCUCAGCCUGAUCCCUGAGUUCCAGAAGGAGUUUCCGGACAUUCCCAUUGGCUACUCGGGACAUGAGGCGGGCAUCCAUGUGUCUGUGGCCGCUGUGGCACUCGGGGCGAAGGUCCUGGAGCGUCACGUGACCCUGGAUAAGAGCUGGAAAGGCAGUGACCACGCAGCAUCACUGGAGCCGGCGGAGCUUGCGGAGCUGGUGAAAGCCAUCCGGACGGUUGAGAUGGCAAUGGGUUCUCCGGUCAAACAGAUGCUGCCCUGUGAGGCGUCCUGUCACAGCAAGUUGGGAAAGUCAGUGGUGGCCCGGAAACCAUUGAAGAAGGGCGAGACAUUAACUCUCGACAUGCUGACGGUAAAAGUGGCCGAACCGCACGGCAUGAGACCAGAGAACAUCUUCAAACUGGUUGGCAAGAAAAUCACUGUGGACCUGGAGGAAGAUGCCACUAUUACUGAUGUCAUGAUAAAAGGCUGAUGAUCAGACAUCCCAAAACUAAAGUGGCAAUGUGGGGGUCUUAUCUUACGCUUCUAUUUAAAGGGAUGAUUGAUUAUGAUUUCACUUUUCUAACAUUAGUUAGUGUUGUAAUGUUGCUGAUAUAUAAACAACAUCUGCAAAGUUACAAUACUCAAAGCAAAGGGAGAUAUUUUAUUUUACAACGAAUGGCUGGUAGGACUACCCUAAAAUUAGCAUUAACACCGCCCCCUGGAACGUGGUUUAUAGAUUAUAAUGACAGAAAAUGCUAAUCAAUGCACCCCCCCCCCCCCUCUUAAUUUUAAUAAUGAUAUAGAAAAUCAGCCAUUAUUAAAUCACAUUUUUAACAAGGGAGAUAUGUUUGUUACGUUCUUAUUAUUUUGAUACCAGAAAUAUGGAAACAUGACGUUUUGUCUUGAUUUUGCAUGCCUAUGUCUUGCUAUAAGUUUGCUCCAUGUUGUAACUUGUCUCACAGAUGAUUGUCUUUGAAAUUGUGGUGAAUGAACACUUUAAGUAUAUCUUUUUUUCAACUCAA